ACGCCUUCUCCCCUCAUCCAUUAGCAGGAAGAACAGAUCACCGACAGAAGAGAAGAAGAAAGACGACUGUGGCAGACGGAGCAUAAGUGGAAGAACACGGAGAGCCAGAAAAGCUUAGAAUUAAAAAAAAGUGAAGUAAAGCAACAUGGACGCUCUGAAGAAAGGAUUCUCCAUGGCAAAGGAUGGAGUGGUGGCCGCCGCAGAGAAGACGAAGGCUGGAGUGGGGGAGGCCGCCACCAAGACCAAGGAGGGGGUCAUGUUUGUCGGAAACAAGACGAUGGAGGGUGUGGUAACUGGUGUCAACACAGUUUCCCAGAAAACAAAUGAACAAGCCAACGUUGUUGCCGACACCGCUGUUACUGGGGCCAAUGAGGUUGCCCAGGCAACUGUGGAGGGGGUAGAAAAUGCAGCACUUGCGAGCGGAUUUAUCAGCAAGGAGGAGGCGGAACAAAUGGCUGACGAGACUGAACUCCCAAAAACAGAAGCCGGAGGAGAACAGACUGAACAGGCUGCACAAUAGGUUAUUGUCCUCGUCAUCCUGCAGUCACUCCCUGUUGCUGCCUGUCCAAAGAGAAACAGCAGAAGAGAAACUUAUACAUUUAUAGCUAUAGCCCAACCCUUUUACCUCCGACCUCUGGUGUUACAAAAUCCUAAAAGCUUCUACAUCUAAUGUGUUUACCUAGCCUCAUUAACCAAUAGAAAUAUUCCUCCUGUUGCCACAGUUACACUGCCUCUGUAUCAUACUUCACUCAUCAUAAAAACAAUGAUGUCUGUUUUUAACACUCAGAGAUAAAUUAAAUCAGGUUGUAAGUGGCCAUUAGCUGAUUGGUUGGUGCAGAAUGACAUCACACAGGUCGAGUGUCGAUGUUUGAUGCCGAAUGUGGCCUACAAGCUAUGCUCCCCCUGUCAAUCACCAGGCUGACUCCGCCCCCUGACAGACCAACACCUGAAGCCUUUUAAAUGCAUGUGACCGUACUGACACAUAGUUAAAAUGCUAAAAAAUACACACUAAUCUUUAAUUAACCAUAUAUUCAUACACAAAUUCAAACACAAACAUACACACAGACAGACACACAUACAUACACACCUGCACUGUGUAUUGCUGAUGUUAACUGAGCUUAAGACUUGAUUUAUUCCUUUGGAAAACUAAAGAACUGAAUUAAAAUAGAGUCUGAAAUCCACAA